AUGGGAGAUCGAGAAGUUGAUCAGAAGGCUCAAGAACUCAUCAGUCGCCCGGGACUGGCAAAGUACGAGACCGUCUUCCUCAAGGUGAGAAGACGGCGAAUCUUCACCAGCUAUUGCUCAUGAACAGUAGGCCGCCCGCAUCCUUCGGGAUCCACUCGCAUGGAGAUCAAUUGAGACCCUCGACGUCGGCCAACUGACACGAGUUGAAGAAGAUGACCUCAAGAGAGACGAAGAAGAUACUCUGGCUCAGCAUGGUAAACCACCUUUCUGGCAUUCGGAGUUCUGGAGACGCAAGCCUCGUCCCGAACACACUGGCACCGUCAGGGCCACGAGAAAGCCGAUUGGAUUCUGGGGGCAGCCGAAAGAGCUCCGGACAGCUAUCAUCACAUUCUGUGUCGCAGCCGUUGUUCAAGGAUGGAACCAGACCGGUAGGUGAAAUCAGAACAUGAAUCGAAGACAGCUAAUCCCUCUCACAGGCUCCAAUGGCGCGAAUCUGACUUGGCCGCAGCGUCUCGGUCUCAGUCCUGGGGCUGAGUGCGAUGCCCAGGGCAGUAGAUCUUGGAUCUUCGCUAUUGUCAACGCCGCGCCUUGGUUCUCUGCCGCCAUUUUGUAGGUCGCAAGCCGGACAAGUCUAGUGGUAUCACUGACGAGUGCGUACAGUGCGUUGCUCUUAUCUGACCCUGCUAAUGAACUUCUCUUUGGUCGUCGGGCCGCACUAUGCUUCUCUGCUACCUGCGUCCUGGCUGCGUCUAUCGGAGGUGCACUUGUGUCCGACUGGCCAUCCUUCUUGGGGUGUCGCAUCGUCCUCGGUAUUGGCAUGGGCUGCAAGGCCUCUGUGGUCCCGGUCUUUGCGGCUGAGGUGGCUCCUGCACGGAUGAGAGGUAUGUUCUCUGUCAUCAACGGGUAGAUGUUUACUAAUGCACGCAGGAUCGAUCGUGAUGAAUUGGCAACUGUACGAAGCAUGCUACGCACUGAUCGGCUCAUAUAUGGGUAUGGAUGAAGGCUGAUACAUCGCUAGCUUCGAUGCUCUUGGGAUCCUGCUGGGCUUCAGUGCCAACCUAAUCGUUUCCUAUCUUGGUGAGAUGUUUCUAUCCUUCAAUCUUGUAUUUGUUGCUGAUUUCGAUCAGGGUCGGACUCGUGGCGAUGGAUGACUGCGUCGUCCGUCUUCCCAACCAUCGUGCUGCUCGCCUUCGUCCUAGUUGCCUGUCCCGAAUCGCCACGCUUCUUGAUGGCUCACGACGAAUACGAUGAAGCGUACGAAACCUUGUCGAGACUGCGAGGCUCUCGGAUCUUGGCUGCGAAAGAGCUGCUUUACACUCACUAUCAAAUGGAAGCUGAGCAUGACUUCUCAAGACCAGCAUAUCCACCAAAGUCGAAGGAGCGCAAUGGCGCCGAGAGUGAAGAAGUACAUCACGUCGAACAUCGUGAUGGUCUCGCCGGAGCGGACCAUCGGAAGCCCAACUUGGUGCAAAAGCUUGGGCAUCUCUUUACGGUCCCUCGGAUUCGAAAUGCGACCAUCACGGCAUUCGUUUGCAUGCUCGGCCAACAACUCUGCGGCGUCAAUGUGUUGAUAUUCUAUUCCUCGACCCUCUACGCCGACACCACAGGGGCUAUCUGCGGACGAGUGACGCAAAGAGACCUCCUCGGACCUCUCCUGAUGAGCUGGGGCAUCGGACUCACGAAUUUCCUCUUCGCGUUUCCAGCUUACUGGCUCAUCGACCGCAAAGGACGCCGCUGGCUUCUCAUGGUCACCAUGCCCUUCCUCUGCAUCUUUCUCGGCGCGGCUGCUUUGAGCUACGUCCAAGGCUCUCACAAUGCUGCCUUCGCAGUCUUCACUUACCUCUACAUGGCCUUCUACUCCUGGGGCAUGGGACCCGUCCCUUUCACCAUCUCCGCCGAGAUCUUCCCCCUGGAUCAUCGUGUUGUGGGCAUGAGCUUCUCGGUGUUUGCCAAUCUCUUUGGUGCUGGACUUUUGACGCUCUUCGUCCCGGCCAUCACGGCCUCGCCUCUCCGCCAUGGGGGCUUACUCGGAAUCUUCACCUUCCUCUGUCUCCUCACCUACGCCGCCGUCUUCCUCUUUGUGCGGGAAACUGCCGGCGCUGCCGACGCGGACAACCCAGGCAACAUGACGGCGCUGGCACUCGAGGAGCUCCAUCAGAUCUUCAAGGUUCCGGGCACUGCUUUUGUCGUCUAUCAGCUUCGGCAAGUGCUGCCUUGGUCGGUCAGGUAUCUGGUUUGGUGGUGGCGAUCCUUCUUGCAGCGGUCGCAUGUCAGGGCUCAGCCUCCCAUCAAGCCUGAGCCGUUGUAUCGAUGGUGGGAUAAUGCGGGCUCAGAAGAGCAGCGAGCGAUGAAAUGA